AUGUCCUACCAUGAUAAUUCUCUAGAUCAAGAUCAAUACAUGAAUAAUUCAUCUCCUCAACGUUAUGACCAAUACGGCAAUCGUGUUGAUGAUCAAAGUAUUGAUUUCUCUUACAGAGAUGAAAAUAAUCCAUUUCAUACUCCUUUAGCUGAGGAUACUGAUAAUAAUAGUUUUGGUAGUUAUGACGCCUCUCAAUCAAGUUACAAUCAUGCAAAUGCAGCUACUACCGGGCCUACUGACUACUCAAGAUCGAGAAACGCUGAUAACAACUUCUCAUCAUCUAACCAAAUGAAUUAUAAUAGCAAUAACAUUAAUACUAAUCAUGAUUCAAAUUUUGCUUAUUCCAGAGAAGGUAGAUCACAUGACCAUCAGCAAAACUACUAUCUAAAUACUCAAGGUAAUAAUAAUACUAACUCUAGUGUGGGAAAUAAUAAUAUAAAUAACAGUUAUAAUAGCCAUAUCAACAAUAAUAACAAUUACAACAGCAGUAACGACUCAUACAGCAGCAGAUAUAUGAUGAACAGUGAUUCGGGGAUGUCCAACAACAUGGGACUUGGCAAUGGUAAUGAUCCAUAUCCUGCUUGGACUGCUGAUGUAAAUAGUCCUAUCUCUAUAGAGCAAAUUGAAGAUAUAUUUAUCGAUUUGACGAAUAAGUUUGGUUUUCAGAGAGAUUCUAUGAGAAAUAUGUUUGAUCAUUUUAUGACGUUAUUAGAUUCAAGAUCCUCAAGAAUGUCAACUUCUCAGGCUUUAUUAUCUUUACAUUCAGAUUACAUCGGUGGUGAUACAGCUAAUUACAAGAAAUGGUACUUUGCUUCACAGCUGGAUCUAGAUGAUGAAAUCGGUUUUAGAAAUAUAAAGGUAAAUUCUGGUAGAAGAAAUAUUAAUAAAAAGAAUAGAGAUUUCCUACCAAAUAAAUCAAACGAAAAUUUAUCACUACAGGAUAUUGAAAUCGUUUUACAACAGCUGAAAGGUGAUAACUCACUAGAGGCAGCUGACUUUAGAUGGAAAUAUAAAAUGAUGAAUUUAUCUCCUGCAGAAAUGACAAGACAACUAGCAUUAUAUUUAUUAAUAUGGGGUGAAGCGAACCAAAUCAGAUUCACAGCAGAAUGUUUAUGUUUUAUCUAUAAAUGUGCAUUAGAUUAUUUGGAGUCAGGUUCUUCCCCUUCAAACAAUUCAAAAACAAAUAUAAAUACUUACACAAAUAGUACAAAUGAAUUACCGACUUUACCUGAAGGUGAUUAUCUGAAUAGAGUCAUCAGUCCAUUGUAUCACUUUUUGAGAGAUCAAGUCUAUGAGAUUUCUGACGGUCGUUAUGUCAAACGUGAGAAAGAUCAUAACUAUGUCAUAGGUUAUGAUGAUGUUAAUCAAUUAUUUUGGUAUCCCGAAGGUAUCAGAAAAAUUGUGCUAAAUGAUCAAUCAAAACUAAUAGAUUUACCAGCUGAACAACGUUAUCAAAGAUUAGGCGAUGUCCCUUGGGAAAAGGUUUUCUUUAAAACUUAUAAAGAAACAAGAACUUGGUUACAUAUGGUUACAAAUUUCAACAGAAUCUGGGUUAUGCAUGCUUCCGUUUAUUGGAUGUAUACUGCUUAUAAUGCCCCAACUUUAUACACACACAAUUAUCAACAAUUAGUCAAUAACCAACCCUUGGCUGCUUAUAGAUGGGCCUCUUGUGCUUUAGGUGGUUCUUUGGCUUGUUUAAUUCAAAUAGCUGCCACACUAUGUGAGUUGUUAUUUGUUCCAAGACAUUGGGCCGGUGCUCAAAGACUUUGGAAAAGAUUUAUAUUUAUUUGUGUUAUUCUCGGAAUCAAUAUUGCUCCUAUUAUUUGGUUCUUCGUAUAUGAUAAAGAUACAGUGUAUUCGAAAGAUGCUAAAAUCGUCGCUAUCGUAAUGUUCUUCGUUGCUGUGGUGACCUUAGUUUUCUUCUCAGUCAUGCCUUUAGGUGGUUUAUUUACAUCAUAUAUGAACAAAUCUUCAAGACGUUAUGUCGCCUCUCAGACUUUUACCGCAAAUUUUGCGCCAUUACGUGGCUGGGAUAGAUUGCUUUCAUAUUUGGUCUGGAUUGUUGUGUUCGGUGCUAAAUUUGCUGAAUCUUAUUUCUUUUUAACAUUGUCUUUAAGAGAUCCUAUUAGAAUCUUAUCUACAAUGACAAUGAGGUGUGCCGGUGAAAAAUGGUGGGGUGCUGCCUUAUGUAAACAGCAGCCAAAAAUUGUUUUAGGUUUGAUGAUUGCUACUGAUUUCAUUUUGUUCUUCUUGGAUACUUAUUUAUGGUACAUUAUUAUCAAUACUGUAUUCUCUGUAUGCAAGUCAUUCUACCUAGGUAUGUCAGUUUUAACACCAUGGAGAAAUAUAUUUACGAGAUUGCCAAAGAGAAUUUACCUGAAAAUAUUAGCUACAAAGGAAAUGGAAGUUAAAUACAAACCGAAGGUCUUGAUUUCACAAAUUUGGAAUGCUAUUAUUAUUUCAAUGUACAGAGAACAUUUGUUGGCUAUAGAUCAUGUCCAGAAGUUGCUAUAUCAUCAAAUUCCUUCUGAGAUUGAAGGGAGGAGAGCCUUGAGAGCUCCAACCUUCUUUACUUCCCAAGUUGAAAAAUCUAGCAAAGAAGUGUAUACUGAGUUUUUCCCAAAAGACUCUGAAGCUGAACGUCGUAUUUCAUUUUUUGCACAAUCUUUGUCUAUUCCAUUGCCUGAAGCAUUGCCUGUCGAUAAUAUGCCAACUUUUACUGUCUUGACACCUCAUUAUUCAGAAAGAAUUUUAUUAUCACUAAGAGAAAUUAUCCGUGAAGAAGAUCAAUUCUCAAGAGUGACCUUAUUAGAAUAUCUGAAACAGUUACAUCCCGUUGAAUGGGACUGCUUUGUGAAAGAUACCAAAUUUUUGGCUGAAGAAACCGAAGCUUUUGAAGAUAUUGAUCAUACUAAUGAUAACUCAAAGGAAGAUAGUAUAAAAUCUCAAAUUGAUGACUUACCCUUCUAUUGUAUUGGUUUCAAAUCCGCUGCUCCUGAAUAUACUCUACGUACUCGUAUUUGGGCUUCUUUAAGAUCUCAAACUCUGUACCGUACCGUUUCUGGUUUUAUGAAUUAUUCAAGAGCUAUUAAACUGUUAUACCGUGUUGAAAAUCCUGAGAUUGUUCAAAUGUUCGGUGGUAACGCUGAAGGUUUAGAAAGGGAAUUGGAAAAAAUGGCAAGAAGGAAGUUUAAGUUUUUGGUUUCUAUGCAAAGAUUAGCUAAGUUUAAACCUCAUGAAAUGGAAAAUGCGGAAUUUUUAUUGAGAGCUUAUCCUGAUUUACAAAUUGCUUACUUGGAUGAAGAACCUCCAUUAAAGGAAGGUGAUGAACCAAGAAUUUACUCUGCUUUAAUCGAUGGUCACUGUGAACUUAUGGAAAAUGGUCGUAGACGUCCUAAAUUUAGAGUUCAAUUAUCUGGUAAUCCAAUUUUAGGUGAUGGUAAAUCUGAUAACCAAAAUCAUGCCUUGAUUUUCUACAGAGGUGAAUAUAUCCAAUUGAUUGAUGCCAACCAAGACAACUAUCUUGAAGAAUGUCUGAAGAUUAGAUCUGUUUUAUCAGAAUUUGAAGAAUUAGAUAUGGAAGCAGUCAAUCCUUACAUUCCUGGUGUUAAGUACGAGGAUCAAACUACAAACUAUCCUGUUGCUAUAGUUGGUGCAAGAGAAUAUAUUUUCUCUGAAAAC